AUGGCGACCCUUUUCCAGGGAUUGGGACUUGUGACCCCGUUGUCUUCUUCCAAUUCAUUUGAAUCCAACAAGCUUCUGCAUCCAUCUCGUACUUGUAGAUCCAUCUCAGAGAGGAAAGAUGGCAUAUUUGUCGUCAGAUCUGAUGCAAGAGUAAGCCAGCUUCUCAAGCGUAGAGCACGUACGCAUGAUUUGUUGGUUACUAAUGCAGUUGCAACCCAGGGAGGUAGUUUUGUGGCUUCUACAUCAAAACCUGGGCAUGAACUUCUCCUUUUUGAGGCCCUACGUGAAGGUUUGGAAGAAGAGAUGGAGAGAGAUCCUUGUGUAUGUGUCAUGGGUGAAGAUGUAGGUCAUUAUGGAGGAUCUUACAAGGUGACUAAAGAUCUUGCCACAAAGUUUGGGGACCUUAGAGUUUUGGACACCCCUAUUGCAGAGAACUCCUUCACGGGCAUGGGCAUUGGAGCUGCCAUGACCGGUUUGAGACCAGUUGUUGAGGGCAUGAACAUGGGAUUUCUACUUCUGGCAUUUAACCAGAUCUCGAACAAUUGUGGCAUGCUCCAUUACACAUCAGGAGGCCAGUUCAAAAUACCAAUUGUCAUUCGUGGGCCCGGUGGAGUUGGGCGGCAACUUGGAGCAGAGCACUCGCAGCGAUUGGAGUCUUAUUUUCAGUCAAUCCCUGGAAUCCAGAUGGUGGCUUGCUCAACCCCUUACAAUGCCAAGGGCUUGAUGAAAGCUGCAAUCCGAAGUGAGAACCCUGUGAUUCUUUUUGAGCAUGUUUUGCUUUAUAACCUCAAGGAGAGAAUUCCAGAUGAAGAGUAUGUAUUGUCACUUGAAGAAGCUGAGAUGGUUAGGCCUGGGGAGCAUGUCACAAUAUUAACCUAUUCCAGGAUGAGGUAUCAUGUCAUGCAAGCUGCCAAGACACUUGUGAACAAAGGGUAUGACCCUGAAGUAAUUGAUAUCAGGUCUUUGAAACCAUUUGAUCUUCACACAAUUGGGAAUUCAGUGAAGAAGACACAUCGCGUGCUAAUUGUGGAAGAGUGCAUGCGGACAGGUGGAAUUGGUGCUAGUCUGACCGCUGCUAUAACUGAAAAUUUCCAUGACUAUUUGGAUGCCCCUGUAGUAUGUUUAUCAUCUCAGGAUGUGCCAACUCCUUAUGCUGGAACUUUGGAGGAAUGGACAGUGGUUCAACCUCCUCAGAUUGUGACUGCAGUUGAGCAGCUCUGCCAGUGA